UCAGCUCUCACCAUGUUCAUCAGUGAAGACCAAAAGGAGAGGGACUCUGCCACUGCUUACAGAAUGACGGUGGAGGUUCUGGGUACUGUGAUUGGCACAGCCGUCCAGGGUCAGAUUGUGGGCAUGGCCAACCCCCCCUGUAUCCUGGCCCCCGGCGACAAUGUAACAACAGAGGGGCUGAACUCCUCCUCCCUGCUGCUGGGACAGGAAGUUAACACCACGGUCAUCUCCCCCGGCAUCACCCUGGACCAGACGGUACGCCGAUAGACCGUAUCCUAACCUCUCGCCUAAAUACUUGUAUCUUCAUGAAGAUGACUGAGCUCACAAAUACAGAUCAUUUUAGACUUUACGAUAAAGCUAGUGUAUGUUGUGCUAUGUUAGUUAUACCAGACGUACUGUAGUAGGUUACUAUAGUCCACUAACCUGUCUCUCUCUCCUGUU